GGGUCCCGGGGGGCUUGGGGCAAUCACGCCAAACAAGGCAAGGAGGGGAGCGAUGUAUAAAACCAGGGCCCAGGGCUGAGCACCUGCCCGCGCCCCUCCUGUGCCAUCCGGAAGGGCUCCGUACCGCCUGUUACCCAGUUAGUUGGACUUGAGUCCCGAAGUCGACGCCCCCUACCCCCACGAUGUCCAAAGCAGCUCCCGCCAAAAAACCGGCGGCGACGGCCCCGCCUCCGGGAUGUACCCUGGACAUCAACGACCCCCAGGUCCAGAAAGCGGCCAUUCGCAUCCAGGCCUCUUACCGGGGCCACAGGUCCCGGAAGGAGCUGCGGGAGAAGGGGCCGCCGCGAGUGCUGGAGCCGCUGAAGGACGUAGUGCUGAUCGAGGGCAGCGCGGCCAAGCUGACUUGCCGCAUUUCGGCUUUCCCGGACCCAUUCAUCCGCUGGAGCAAGGAUGGCAAGGAGCUGCGCGACGGGCCCAAGUACCGCUACGUCUUCGAGGACCCGGACGUAGUCGCAUUGGUGGUGCGCGAUGGCGAGCUGGCGGACUUGGGCCAGUACAGCAUCAACGUAACCAACCCCUUCGGCCAGUGCUCCGACUCCGCGCGCAUCCUCGUGGAAGUCCCGGCGAAAAUUCAGAAGGGACCGGAUAACACCAAAGCGCGCAAAGGCGCCACGGUGACGCUGACUGCGGAGAUCCUGGGUGAGCCUGCGCCCGACGUGGGCUGGACCAAGGACGGCGAGGACAUCGAAGAGGAUGACAGGGUGUUCUUCGAGAUCGGCACCACCACCACCACGCUCACCAUCCGCCGGGCCACACCCCAGGACAGUGGCAAGUACGAGGUGUACGUGGAGAACUGCCUGGGUAUGGACCAGAGCUUCGCCCGCGUGGACGUGGCCUGAAAGGGACCCUCGGAACUUCCGCUCCGUUUCCAAGCCCAGGGGUGGGUGGCACCAACAACUCCCUGCCACCUUGCUUAAUAAAGCUGCUCCCUCGGACCCUUCGCGUCUGUUCUCUUUCUUUGGGGUCGCUGUUUCCACUCCCUGGCACCCGCACACACACUUAUUCCAGAUCCACACACCAAAGUCACAAAAUGCUGGGUCAGCGGGAAGUUUGGAGAGCGCCUAGGCCAGUCCCUUACUUUACAGACAGUGAGACCGAGAUAGGCUUCUGCCGCGGUGGGAAGGUCCUUCGGUUCCAGCAGGAGGGGCAGAGGUGUCCAUGACUCCGCCUUCUCUCCUUCU